UAAACAUGUCGGAAACGGAGGAGGGAAGGGACUGUGAGACCUUACUUGUCGGACUAAAAAGUACGGCUGAAAGAUUGCUGGCAAACAACAGUGGUGGCAUCUGGAAGGUUUACGGUGGACUAGGACGCCUGACUAGGUCUGUCGAAAAUAUCCUUAACCAUGGAUUGAAAGAGGAGACCGGCGCCAGGAAUGGAUAUUGGCCAUUUGUGAGUGAGCAGCGGUGGCUUCACCCGAUGCUAGCAGACUCCGUGCACACCGCGGAGAAGGCUGCUGCAGCGGGGGAUGGCGGAUCGACGGUGGGGCUGGCGUGGGUCGAGCAGAGCCUACUCGCAUACAACCUCUCCCUCCAGCUGCGCAUGCUCGUCAGCUCAAAGGAAAACCUGCGGAGCUACUAUGGCGAUGGUGCUUUCCUUUGUCAGGAAGCUUGCGCUGAGGCAGCACUCAACUGUCUCGCAGCUUUGGAGGAGAAUCGACCGGAAAAGCUCGCUUACGUUAACACGUCUUUUCUUGCGAGUCGUGCGGUGAAAACGAAGAGUCCUAAGAGGAGGCAGCGGCACAGGAGGAGCGCGUCGCUGCCGGUGAAUCGGCUUGCUCAGCCAUCUUCGGUCGACGGUCUGUUGAGCAUUAGGGAGCAGCCUUCGCCAGCUCUCAGCAGAAAAGUUCCGCACGUAAGUUUGCGUUUCCACGACGACCUUGCAGAAUCCGCGCCGCUGCCGACGGCUGGACUGAAGAGCGAGGCCACGGACGUUCUCUUGUCGGUGUACGCGUCGCCGCUGCGCCCCUGCGUCGACGGUGCCUUCAGCUUCUACAACGUGAAAUCGUCGGAUAGUCUCAGCGACUACUUCGGCGACAGAACGACGACGGCAUGGAACGAACCCAUGGGCGAGGCGACCCGGCCGGGGUCGGACGCCGGUGCGGCGCGGCGACGCGAUGCCGUCGAUGGUCGCAGGAGAGAGACGAUCGCAGGCGGAGAGUUAGACGGGCAUAGCGAGAGCGAGAGCGGUGCAGAGUCGCGCAAGUCCGGGACGUCUCCGGAAAGUCGACUCAUAGGCUCGCCGGUGGGAGCGGGAGCGUCAGGCGAAAAUCGACGCACACGUGCGAAUUUUACGCGGUUCUCGUGCAGCGACUCGCCUCCCGCGACACCGACGACGAUUCGCGAAGGGUCACGCGAGGUCGCGGCGACGCGAGCGAGGUCAAAGGUCGGCGAGCCACCGCCGCGCGCGCGCGACGCCGCGUUCAAGACCCGGCACCUGUCGAUCGACGAGACCGAGGAGGAGGAGCUUGCGUUCUACGUCGACCCCGCCGCGCCGGACGAGUCCGACAACGGUGCCCCCUACCGCGACGACGACGACGCCGGCGCCCCCUGCGAAUUCACCCUCGGCGGCGGAGCGGCGGCGGCGUACCUCCGGCGCCCUCUGGAGGGACAGUCGCUGAUGAGCUACCUCGCGUCGCAGGAUUUCGCGACAUGCUCGAACCUCGUGCGUGAGAACGCGCACUUUGGCAUCUCCGAGGCGCUCAUCGCCGCCAUCGAGCAGAUGAAGUGCAACGCGGCGGCGCGGCGACGACCCGGCGACCCCGACGAAGAAGAGGAAGAGUCGGACGAAGAGAUCCAGGAGCUGAAGCAGCGCAUUCGCAUCCGGCGGCGCGAGCGAUUGUGCGAGUCCCGCGGCGGCGCGGCGGGGAUGCCGUUGCUCAGCGACGGCCGCACGGACAGCGGGGGCGCCACCAGCACGAGCGCGUCGCCGCGAAGCACGUCGGAGGGGUCGCGCGCGGGUUCGUCGUCGUCGGAGGGCGGGUCGAGCGACGGGGUCGACUUGCUGCUGAACGAGGAGAAGGAGAGGGAGAAGGAGAAGGGCGGGAGCGCGCGGAGGAGGACGAAUCUCGCGCGCAUGCAGGAGUCGGGAUUCUCGCUGAGCAUGGCGUCGAUGUACUCCGACGCCGACUUUCAGCGACCUUCCAGCGACAGCAUCGGCAGCGUGGAGCGCUACCAGUUCCCGUCGAGCGAGCCGGCGAGUCGGUCAGCUGACUCCGUCGCGAUCAGCCUGCUGCGGCGCUUCAAGCAGCGGCGGCUGCCGAAGGCGUCUGACCUCGAGUGGCUUGUGUCGGAGCGGGACGCACCGCAGACGCUUCUCCCGUUGCCACAAUCGUGGCCCGUGUCGCCGGACGAUGGAGAAACCACCGAGAACCAAAAACGCGUGAGAAUGCGGGGAAACCUGGAGUGGGCGCCACCUAGGGCACAAAUUAUUUUCAGCAUUCAUCCGUCGCCCAAGAGAAAGGUCAUCAUGGCGAAGCAAAACUACAGAUGUGCCGGCUGUGGCACCAAGAUUGAAUUAAAUUACAUCAAGAGAUAUCGCUACUGUGAGUACACUGGAAAGUACUUCUGCCAGUGUUGUCAUAGCAACCAACUAUCCAUCAUUCCUGGCCGAAUUCUGCGCAAGUGGGAAUUUUCGAAAUAUCCUGUGUCACAUUUCGCUAAUGAGCUCAUCCAUAAUAUAUUCAGAGAUCCGUUGUUCAACGUUCAGGACAUAAACGCAACGCUGUACAGGAAAGUUCGUGCGAUGAGUUCUGUGUGCGAGUACAGACAGCAGCUGUGUCACCUAAAGGACUACGUUAGCACGUGCCGGCACGUCGGCAGCCUGAAGGAGGAGUUUCGAGACCAACCGCAGCACCUUCUCUGCGAGCUGCACACGUUCUCGCUGCGCGACCUUCUCAAGGUCAAGUGCGGCGACCUCGUUUCAACGCUGAAGCAUCUCACGAAGGAGGCGCAGAGUCACGUUUACUCCUGCCAGUUAUGUCACGUCAAAGGUUUUAUCUGUGAGUUUUGUCAAGACAGCAGCAGCAUUAUCUAUCCAUUCGAGUUGAAAAAGGUCACCCAGUGUCACCUGUGUGGAACGUGCUUCCAUAAGAAGUGCUACGUCGCGCAGCGGUGCCCACGGUGCGAACGCAUUCAAGCGAGGAAGGAAAAGACUCUAUUAAAGCAACAGCAGGCACCUGAGUAUUCAUCAAGCAGUAGUGAAAACUGACACGUGCUAUUCGACCUACGUACGCAUUCCCUCCAAAGAUAGGUUGUCAUGGCAAUAGCUGUGGUCCCGCAGAGCUGGGUUGUCAUGGCAAUAGAUGCGAUCUUGCAGAGCUGGGUUGUCAUGGUAACAGGAGCUGGCUCGCCAGAGUUAGAAUGAAGCUCAAUUGGACCUAGGUUGUUAUGGCAACGGAGGGAAUCAGAGAAGCUCUCUCUCCCUUUCUUGCCGUAGCAACAGAUUCAAUCAUGUAACGAGAUCUGCGUGGAGUGUAGUCGUGUUCGUGAUUCUAUUUAAGCACAGUUGUUUGCAUAUCAAAGCGUUCUGGAAAAAUUUGAAGUCACAAUGCUAAUUUAUUUCUUUGUGGCGUUUGAUAAAAAAUUCUAGAGAUCGUAAUGCUUGAUAUGCGUUUGUUAUAUACGUAUAUAAGUGUAUAUAUAUAUAUAUAUAUAAAUAUAUAAAAAUGAAAUCUAUUAAUGUUAUAGUAAAUCAAGAUAAUCUAAAAAAAUUAGGUUAUUUUUCGUUGUUAUGUCACGUUAAGUAUAUUCGAUGAUAUUUAUUCUGACGUUCAAGACAAGCGCAAUUGUGAUGUAGUUGAGCAUCUACAGUCAAAUUAGUAUAAAUGUGUAACAAUGUUUUUUCUAUUCAUUAUUAUCAUUCUCCUGUAUUAGUUUCAUUGAAGAUUUGGUUCUCUAGUUAUUUAAGUCGGUUGUAUUUUCAAUAAUUGCUUCUAUAAUUACUUAAGUUCAAUAUAUGCUGUAAGGUGUGAAUAUAUUCUGCCGGUGCAAUUUUGAGCAAUAUUGCCAGUGCUUAUGCAAACGUCAUUGUCCAAUGUUAAUAUUCUUUAUUAUGGUGAGUGGCGGUUAUUUUCAUUGGUUAAAUGGAAUUGCUUAUGUCAUUAAAAUCUUUGUGUAUUUUACUGAUUUUCAACAUAA